AUGGAUGUGAUGGUGGUGAUGGAGGUGGUGUGGAUGAGCAUUCCCAUUGAUCACAACGUUCUGUUGUGGAAGGAUCUCGGAAGAAGACAGAUCUUCCGUGUGAGACUCAUCCAGGUCAUCAUAGCUCUCGGUGUCCUCUGCGAUACUGUUGUUAGAGCUGAUGCUGGCGGAGAUCUGAGCCGGGGUAACGCUAGUUAUCUGGAAGCCACUUUUCUUUUUCAUUUGAGUUCCGCCUGGCGCAAGAGGCUGUGCCUGCAGCUGAGCCUGAGACAGGAGGUUCAGGCUUUGUGGAGGCGGAGGCGGUGGUCCCGACGUAGAAGAUGCUGCAGGAGGUGGCGGCUGGAGCAGCGACGGAGGCGGAAAAUCCUCGGAAGAUGUGGCACUACUACCAACGCCGGUACCUGCUGCAUUGAGAGCAGAGGCGCUGCCACUACCGCUGCCCCUUCUAGGGAACAUUGCCGGGUGCGCCAUCUUCCUAGCACUAAUGUCUGCAGCGGCCGCGGCCGCCGCGGUGGUGGACUCAGGCGGCUGGUGCAUUGUGUCGGGUACCGGGGGGCGGAGGAGGCGAGUGCAAUUUCCUUCUGCACCGUAAUCUUUGUAUUCAAGACGCCGGGGAGGAAAACGGGACCUGACGCUCCGCCCGGCGCGGUUCCUCCUUCUCCUCCUCCUCAGCCGAAGGCGCCGGCCGCUCCUGCCUUCGAGGGCGAGCUUCGGGAAGGGAGGAUGAACGAGGGUGAACAGGGCGGCCAGGGACCCGAAGGGGGGACCCCUUCAGUCCUUCACCAUUCACUUUCCCCUCUAGUCUCACACCCCCCUUUAUAUUCCGCUUCACGUGGGGUGCGGGGCAGGAGGGAGGGGAAGACAAGGCAAGGGGGAGACAAGUGGAGGGGGUGGGAAAACCGAGAAAUGCCCACCUUCUCCCGACAACUCAAAAGCCACCUCAACCCCUCCUCCCGCCGCGGCCGCGGCGGCGGCGGCCGCUGCAAAACCCUCCCGGUCGCUCUGCACGAAAGCAGCGCGGAGCGAGUGUCGCCUUCCCCUCGCCACCCCCAGCGCCGCCGCCGCCGGCGAGCCCCGAGCUCAGUGUCGCUCAAACCUCCCCUCCCGGCCCCGCUGUCCCCGCUCGGCCCUCCCCCCACGCCCCUCGGACCCUUUCAAACCCCCUGGGCUCGCGGCGGCUGUUCCGUGAGCAAACGCUGGCCGCGGCUGGGGCCGGGGCGGCGAGGCUCGGAGCGGGGCGGCGGCGGGGCGCCCGGUACGGUGAGCCCAGCAACGAGGCGCGGGCGGGCGCGCAGAGACGCCGGGUCCUCGCGGAGCACGGCCGGGGCGCGGCGGCGGCACUGGCAGCGGGAGCCCAGGGACCGCUCCAUCACUGGCAGCCAUGGAGCCCGAGCAUUUUCCUCCCUCAGGGCAGGCGCCUCGGCUCGGCACACGUCCUCGGGGAGGAAGGGGCCGGCGCCCGAGCCUCCCCGGAGGGCGGCGGGAUGUGUGCUAGCGCAGAGGGGUGCGAGCUGCUUCUGUCCUCUUCCUCCUCAGCCGGCUCGUCCUCACCCUGCUGCUCCCGCGGCCCGGGCGGGAGGGGGCCGCAGGCAGCGGCGGCUCCUUUCUCGGCGGCGUUGGUGGCCAGACGGGCUGGUGCAAGCGACUGCAGCCGACGCCGUUCAAAGGAACGAGAGCAACAGCAUCACGAGUUUCAGUUCCCAGGAGCCCGCCGCCACCGCCACGAUACGACAUGAGUCAGGCUUUCUUCCUUGGCGCGUGGCGGAGCCCUCCCCCUCGCCGCACCUGGGCUCACCCCCGGCCCGCGUCGCCCGCGCCCUCUAGGCGGAGGCCUCUGUGCCGGGAGCUGCGCGGCUGUCCGCGGAAAGCCGAAGUGUCUUCGAGAUAGGUGCUGCCUUUUGUGCAGUGUCGUUGCGGCUGCCAUGCGGUGCCCCCCCUCGCCCUUCGACGAGCAGGGAGGGCCAGCCGCCAGCGGGCAGAUGUUGCAGCUGUUUGCUGUUAACUACCUAAGUGCCUCCCGGGUAGGCUCUUCGCUAGAGAGGGCGUGCUUGCAGUCCAUCCCUACCUGGAGGGAAGAAGCAGCCCAGCCCAGUAAACUAAUUGACCUCAACAGGUGGAGCUUAUCUCCAGCAGAGAUGUCUUUUCGUUUAAUUGUCCAGGCUAUAUAGCCCCCAGAGGUUUGAGUUAAAAGACAAAGUCCUAGUGGUAACACAAGUGCAGUGAUGAAUGAAGACUACCUUUUAGGGUUGGAAAAGAAAAAGAGCCUACUGUGAUUUCAGUUAAAAAAAAAAAAACUGCAUGGUCUGAGCAUAGUUCUACAAAGCAACGUUAGGUUUGAUUGGAGGCAGUUUACUGGAAGUUGCUUCCCUAGCAUUACACGUCAAAACAUUCUAGCUCUAAACUAGAAUGUACUACUAAGCGAGAAUGUACUUCUCGCUCAGGAAUUAGCAACAAACUGAUAUGGAAAACCCUAGAGAGUUUUUUUGUUUUUUGUUUUUUUUUACCUAGGCUGUUGAGCGACUAAACUUUUAUGGUUAGACUUCUAAUUCAGGAAAUCUCACAGAUUUACAGAUCUAUAAUCCUAUUUCAGGAGUUUGUUUAAGCAUAAAGAGCUGAAUUCUCUUGCAGAGUUUUAUAGACCUCUAGUUGUCAAUUCAGCGCAUUACCUUUAGGAUUCUCUAAACUAUUUUCUUCAUUCCAUCCCUCAGUGUCUCCAUUCUCUAAUAUUAUUACUGAACAGAAAUGCACCCUCAACGUCCUGUGUAUAUCCUGUAUCAAAGCCAUGAUGUAUUGCUGUUAUUUCUGUGGUCUCCCUCUCCCCCCCCCCCCCCCCACUCAACCAAAACGGCAGGACUACAUUUUUCACCUUAAAUUGCUAAUGUGGAGCUCUGCACUAGGUACAAAGUAGGUGCUCACAAAUACUGAAAAUGGUGUGGUAAUGAAAAUCAAAUACAUUUGAAGAGAUCGUACUUGUCUUAUGAUAUUCAUAAAUAUAUGAGUGAUUGUAUUUUUACAUACCCAUGGCCAUUUGUGUAUUUUACAAAAAUCAUCUUUUUAAUACCCUCGACAGCUUUUGUUGCAAGUGAAAAGGAUGGUUAAUAGGGGCCAUCCUUUGUCGAAAUGUAAAUCUGACAUACUAUUUCAACAGUUUGUGAAUGGAAAAAGAAGCUAUCUUAGCCACUUGAACCUGCAAUGGAAUGUAGAUAGGCAAAAUGUUUCUUUGGACUAGUGUGAAAGAAAAUGCUCUUGAUCUCUAAAAAUGUUGCAUUAGGUCCACCCCAAACAACAGCUCAACACCCCCACUUGGACCCUAAAUACCCUCUAUGAUUGUGCUGAUAUGGUUAGAAGCAGAAGAAACAAAGUCUUAACCCAAAGUUGACAGAAUGAGGUGAGAUAAUCCUAUAAAAGCAGAUACUUGUUCUGAUAACCAGUAGUAAAGGAUAUUGUUUAGGGCUGUUUUGAUGGAAGGGGAGUAACAUUAUUUCUUUUAAAAGGCGCUUUUUUGGUGACGCCUGGGUGGCUCAGAAAGUGUCCGACUUCAGCUCAGGUCAUAAUACAGAGCCUGGAGCCUGCUUCAGGUUCUGUGUCUCCCCCCACCCCCCCCCCCCGCCCCUCCCACACACUCUGUCUCUCAAAAAUAAAUAAACAUUAAAAAAAAAUUUUAAGGAGUUUUUUUUUCUUAACUUCCAGGAGAAUGUAAGUCAUAAGAAAAUAGUCUUUUCAAAUGUAUUUCGUUUUUGUCUGCCAUAUCACUUUGCAAUUCCUGUGUAGGCAGUAUCAAGCCUCACUCAGAUACAAAGAGCAACUCCACAAUUAUGGAAACUUGAAUUUUAAAAACCUCUAUAUAUCUCUCAGUUGCCAGCAUUUCUGUGACCAGGAAUACCUGAAUACAAGUACAUUAAAACAAACAAACACUUGAACAGCCAGGUAUUUUCAUGUUACCGCCUUUUAAUGAAAAAAAGUCUGGACUCUUUUUGCAUUGAUAUUAAAUGCCUACUACUAUGUGUAAUGAAGUCAUUAAAUCCUUUGAACUCAGUAGAGUUAUCCUUUGCCUUUUGAAAGACUGAAUUUCCCCUGUUUAUAUCCUGAAGGUGUAGCUCUGAAUUCCUCUCUAUUGACUAAAAGAUCAGUCUACAGUGCAGUGUUCACUUUGAAUCUAGUUGUUGCAACGUUGCAAACUAACGUGUAUAUUUGGCUGUGUUUAGUGAUUUUCCUACCAUAAAAUAGAAAAUUGGCUGAAUAUUAUAACAAGUCACCUGUUUGUGAGAACUGUGAAAUAGGUCAGUAUUUAAAACCAAGUGAUUCUCCAAAAGUAAUUCCCUCAAAGAGCAGGAAGGCUGUGAGUGGCAAAGGCAUAUUAAAGAGAAAUGUGUACAGAAAAUAUGCCACUGUUCCACUAGUAAUUCUAGCUAACCAGUGCUUCAAUCAUGCAAUAUUACUUACCUGUAACUUUUAAAUGUCAUCUGGAAAAAAAGUCAAGAUGGUAAACAAGUUAUAAACAUGAAAGUAAGCACGCAUGCUCAAGAGCAGGGCGGGGACAGAGAGGGAGAGAGAGAAAGAGAAUCCCAAGCAGACUCUACAUUCAGCAGGAAGCCUGAUGCAGGGGUCGAACCCACCAACCGUGAGAUCCUGACCUGAGCAGAAAUCAAGAGUCAGACACUUCAACUGAACCACCCAGGUGCCCCUCUCUGGAAGAUUUUUCAGAUGAGACCAGAAGUAGUAUAUGCUAUUUAACUUUUGUAAAUAGCACAAAAUGCUUAUUUUGAAAUUUCUUACUCAAAUUUCAGUGAGUACAGUUUAGCUUAUAAUUGAUUAGUUUUUGCAGCAUUUGUUAAAUUUUCAAUGUUUCUGGUUGGGGCGCCUCGGUGGCUCACUUGGUUAAGCAUCCGUGUCCUGAUUUCAGCUCAGGUCACGAUCUCACAGUUGGUGAAAUUGAACCCUGAGUCUGGCUCAGCGCUGACAGCGAGGAGCCUGCUUGGAAUUUUCUCCCUCUUUCUCUGCCCCUCCCCUGCUCACGUGUUCUCUCUCUCUCUC